AAUGUUAAACGGUGGGCAGAUGUUCCGAGGAAUGCAUCUAUCGUGAUCCGUGCAGCUGUAAUUGUGUUCAACGCUGGUAAACUUUGAAUACCUCUGUACAAACGCAUAUCAGCGCGCGCGCACCCGCAGUCGCGAUGCGUGCGCCGCUCGGCUCCGCGGCCUGCGCCGCCUUCCUUCUCUUCUGCGCUGCGAGCCUAGUACUCAGCUACGAUGACAGAGGAUACCAUCCAGAAGACGGGUCGUAUCUCGACGACGCAUUGGAUGUAGCGGACACGAGACUGGAGUGUCCGACGGACCGGCUGCUGCGCACGCGCCAGACUUGCCACAUCAAUGGCGCCGACAUCGAGUGCAUCAAGCUACAGUGCUGCGACACGCACGUGUACAUAGCGGGCAGGUGCAUCCCAAAAGCCGUGGACCCGUGCAGUUUGAAGUUGUGCGAGCAGGCGUGCGAGGUACGCGCCGACCGCGUCUGGUGCACGUGCCACAGGGGCUUCGAGUUCCACCCGGAGAACUACAGGAGGAAGACGCAGCCCUAUUGCAUUGACAUAGAUGAAUGUGAGAAUCACAACGGUGGGUGCGAGCAGCGCUGUGUAAAUGACCCGGGAACAUUCCACUGCGAGUGCCUGCCUCCAAUGGUGGUGGGCGCUGAUGGGAAGAAGUGCGAACCUCCCGUGCCUAUUGCUAUCCCAGAGCCGUUGCCAUUGAUACGUGCGUCGUCACGCUGCUACGCCACGUGCGACACCGUCUCCUGGCUGACGAGGAAGAUGAAACAGCUCACCGACCAGCUGCACGCCACGCAGGCCGCCCUCAAGAAAGUGAUGGACAGCCCUGCUUUUAAAGCGGACGAUGGCACGUAUACGUACAGAGUACUGGACUCAGUGGCGCCGCUAGAGGGCGGGUAUUGUCGAUGUGAAAGAGGGCCGAGGGGUCCACCUGGCGCACCGGGCAUGGAAGGGCCGAAGGGUGCGACGGGACCGCGCGGAGCUCGCGGGCCCAGGGGACCUGAAGGGUCUUUGGACUUGAUGCUAUUGUUACUCGCAGACAUGAGACAUGACAUCAACAAUUUAGAAGGGCGUGUUUAUAAUAAAGGCGAAGUACCAGAGAGAUUCAAUCUACAAAAGGCUUGGCGUCACCAGCAGAAGCAGGAGAAGCAAGAACGCGAGAGUCGCACAGAGCAAGCGCUGGAAGCAUACACCGCCCCGCCGCUAGAGGGUGCUAUGUAUGAUCCCGUCUUCAUAUCACCGCGAGGUCUAACAGGCGAGAUUCCACAUGAGAGCACGACAGAUUGGUCCCUGGUCAAGGGCGAAACGGACCCAUCGGAUCUGCCGAUGGGGCUGACUGAGGACAUGAGUGGCAUGGACGAGAAACUCCGCCAGUUCUACAUCCUUGCCAACAUCACCAGCGCCGGUGAAGAGGACCGGACGGGUGAUGACGAUGAUGAUGAUUAUAAUUAUUAAGAUCUCA